AUGACUGACAACAAAACCGGUAACGACGAUGGGCAGACGGACGACAAAGACAAAAGGGUCAAAAUACAGGUGGAGGGCGAAGAUGAAGGAGGAGAAGGAGAGACAACAAGAAAAAAAAUGAAAAGAUUUCAACUACCAGACCUCCCUCGGUGGUGGCAGGCAAUGAUUAUUCAAUAUGCCUUUACGCAUCCUCAUGUGCGGGCCCGUCUUGAAAAGCAUAUGGGCUCGAAUCUGGUCCGACUUACAGACAAGACCUACAUGACCCAGCUUGAAGAAAGAAUACGCGCCGUCAAUGAAGAGAAUCUCAACAAGAGGAUCUCUUCUAGAGUUCUCGAUGAAAUGGAAAGACUAAAGAGAUUAAUACUGGUUGGGAAAACUCCUCUCAAAGAAUGUCCGCCGGAACUGUUCCAUCAUCCAGUGUUCGUCUUCUGGAGGAUGGUGAACAGGGAAGUCGCUAAAGCAUCGAAGAAAAGAGCUGAUGCGUAUUACAGAAAGUUGAAGGCAUCGCAAAAGUUCGAUCAGGCAAUUGAGGAAGAAGUGGAAGAUGAACCAGCUGAUGAAGAAGGGGAGCAGCUAACACCCGAACAGCUCCUUGUGAAGUGCGCCAAAGAACUACAGGAACUUAAACAACAAGACAUAGAUAAAGGCUUUAGAUUCACAGAUGAACAGUUCGCCGUCCUCAAAUAUGAAACCAACGAAGUCAAAACAUUAAAAAGUUUAACCAGAUACAGUGUUGUACUAUCGGUAACACAUUACGAUGGCUCCACAAAUGUAUAUAUAUACAGGGCUCGUGACAAACCGGUUGUAUCCAGAUAA